AUGAGUAAAAAUACUAAUUCAAACCACGGUGUUGCCAAUGGCAAUGCUAAUGUGAAUAAUAAUGGCGCUUCAGAAGAAUCAUAUUCUAUGUAUCCUCAAACAACAUCACCUCCUCAGCUAACUCAGCCAACUGCUCAAUUUGGCUAUCAAGCUGCACCACAAGUUCCCUUUUAUGGCAAUCCACAUAUGUAUUAUAAUGUUUACUCACCUCAAACUCCACAAUAUCACCCUCAUUUAAAUAUGAUGAAUAGAGGUUCGAUGAUUUACCCUAAUAAUUCUGGUAAUGGUAUGAACCCACAAGGAAGUCAAGCUGGUGAACCAAGAAAGAAAUGGAGCAAUAAUAGUCCAAAUUUCCACUCAAUGAAUAGCACCACUAAUAACGGAUCUUAUAAUAAGACUCAUCAUUACCAGCAUAAUAAUUAUAAUAACGUUAACAAUAAUAAUAAUGGCAUGAAUGCUAGUGUAAAAGGUAAUGUCAAUAACAAUAACGGGAAUAACAUAAACACUAAUACCAAUACUAAUACCAAUACUAUUAUUAAUAAUUCUAAUACCAAUGUUAAUAAUAACAAUAACAAUAUGAACUUUAAUGACUCUAACGCCAAUAUUGGUAAUAUGAAAUUGCCUAAUAAUAAUACCAAUAAUAAUAACACUAACAAUAAUCAUAUGUAUCAAACAAAUAAAUCGUCUAAUCAUAUUAUGUCAAACAACAUUAACUCUUCCAUAUCAACUCAAUAUAAAUUUGAUACUUCAAAAUUAAAAACAUCCGAUUUGAAUUUCUCAAUGACUUUUCCAUUAUUUUUUAACACUAACGAAGAUGAGUUUUCUAAAGCAAGAGCUAGAAGACAUGAAUUAAGAUUAAAAUCUAAUGAAGAGAGCAAAGUUAGAUCAAAUAAAUCUGCCGUUUCCGACUCUAGUCUACCUGCUGCAUCUGCUCCUAAAAAUCAAAAAGUAGAAAAUAGAUCUGUUGAUGAUACUAAGAAGAUAAAUAAGUCACCAGAAACAAGUAUUCCAGCUAUAGAGUUUAAAAAGAUGAGAAAAAGGAGAAAAAAGGAUAUAUCCUCUACUCAUGAAGCUAAACCAGAGACAAAAUCCAAAAAAAAAUUAGAAGAUAAACAACCAGAAUCUAAACCUGACACUAAACCUGAGGAAUAUUCAGAAGCAAAAAAAAUAAUAGUGAAGCAAGACCCAAAACAAGCUGUACAUAUCAAUGUUGAGAUUCCUACCUCAAAAAGUAAUGAAAGAAAUUCCACUCCUUCUCCUUCAGAAACUCCUUCAAGUUCAUCUUCCAAUUCAUCUUCAAUGACUCCAACGUCUUCUUCAACAGUUUCAACAGAGACUACUCCGUCAUCUUCAACCAUUCAAUCGUCUACUACUGUAAAGCCUACCGCCAAAUCUUGGUCAGCCAUUGCUUCAAGUGGUAUUCCAAAGAGUAAAAAUGUGGCUAGUAGCAACUCUGGUGUAGCUAAUAAUGCAAAUGCUACUACUUCUUCAAAUAUGCAUUCACAGAAUGCUAAUAAGGUUUCACAACAAUCAACAGCUAACUCCCAAAAGAAAGAUAAAAAGUAUAUUCCAUCUACUACAAAAAAUGGCACUGAACCUUUAGGUACUAUUGCAUUAAGAAUGUCUUUUGAUUCAAAUUAUAUUCCUUAUACCUUGAAGACUCUCCCAGCUUCUUCAAGUAUACCGAUUAAAUCGAUUGUUCCAAGAGGUAUCAUCAAUAAUGCAAAUAUUUGUUUUAUGAGCUCUGUUCUUCAAGUAUUAUUGUAUUGUAAACCGUUCAUUGAUAUCCUAAAUGUUAUCUCUUUAAGAAAUACAAAUUCUAAAUCAAAUGCCUCAUCUUUCAAAUUAAUUGAUGCCUGUGUCGAAUUUUAUAAACAAUUUGAUGAAGAAACUGUAGCAAAAGAAAAACUCGAUGCCAUUAAUAAAACAACUUUGCAAGAUGCUGGUAGCAAUAACAAACAAAAGGCACAUAGCGCUUCAGUAAAUAAUAAUAAUGGUAAUCCUUCUCCAUUAAAUCCUGAACAAUUUUACUCAGCUCUAUCUACGAUCUAUAAAUUUAAAGAUUUGGGAUGGGGCCACCAAGAGGAUGCUGAAGAGUUUUUAACACAUAUGCUGGACCAAUUGCAUGAAGAAUUUAUUGCAGGUAUUUAUUUCUUAACUGAUAACGAAAUCCAAAAUCUGCUACAAAGUGUCAAUGAUCCAGAUUUGAAGAUAUAUUUCAUUAGAUGUCUCUCUCAAUAUAAGAAGGCUGAGUUUAUGAAAAAUAUUUCUUCAUCAUUAAAGGAGUUAAUUUCAAAAUAUGGCUCAAUUAACGAUACCAACGAAGAUGGUUCCAACGGCUGGCAUGAAGUUAGUAGCAGUAGUAAAAAAGGCAAAAAAACAAGAUCGGCUGCUAAACGUACAUUUGAAAUCGAAUCUUCACCAAUUUCAUGUUUAUUCGGUGGUCAAUUUAGAUCUGUUUUAGACGUUCCAAGUAAUAAGGAGUCUCAAUCAAUUACACUAGACCCAUUUCAAACCAUACAAUUAGAUAUAUCUGAUCCUGCUGUUAAUGAUUUAGAUAGUGCAUUCAAAAAAUUUAGCGAGUUUGAAUUUAUACCUUUUAAGUCUUCAUCAGGUGCAGAUGUUGAAGCUAAGAAGCAAACUUUUAUUGAUAAAUUACCAACAGUUUUGUUAAUUCAUUUAAAGAGAUUCUCCUUCAUUAACAAUACAGAUAAAGAUAACAGUAUGGCAAACUAUAAUGCCUAUCAUGGACGGAUUGAAAAGAUUCGUAAGAAGAUCAGUUAUAACCAUGAAUUAGUUAUACCUGCUGAAACAAUUACUAAUGGUAAACAAUUGGCUCCAGAGAACAGAACGUAUGAAUUAACUGGUGUAGUUUAUCAUCAUGGCUUAAGUUCCGAUGGAGGUCACUAUACUGCCGAUAUUUACCAUAAAGAAGUUGAUAAAUGGUACAGAAUUGAUGAUGUCACUGUAACAGAAUUGGAAAAAGACGAUGUCUUAAAGGGUGGUGAGAAUAGCACUGAUUCAAGAACAGCAUAUAUUUUAAUGUACCAAAAGCUGUAA